ACUUGAAACAAAGAAAGAACCUCCAAACUCCCUGAACUCUUCCCCUUUCAUUCACAUUUUCCCUCAUUUUCUGUCUUGCCAAACACAACCCAUCAAGAAAAGAGAGAAGAUGAAGAAUAGCAGCAGAAGCUCUAGUACUCAAACCAUGAGAGACUCAAAGAAGAAGAUGUCAUGCAGAAGGCUAGGAGGGUAUCUUAGAGAGCAAAAGGGAAAGCUUUACAUUAUCCAAAGAUGUGUGGUCAUGCUCCUUUGCUGGCAUGACUAAGCUAGCUUAAUCAAUCUUUUCUUGAAGGAAAUUAUACAUCAAGCUUUCUGGGGUUUUUCCCUUCUCAGUUCCUAAUUGUACAUAUCAAGAGAAAAAAUAUGUUAGGGAUCAAUGUUAAUUUCCUUUUUGCUAGUUAUGAAGAUGGGAAAAAAUACAUAUAUUCCAUCUAUGAUCUUCAAAGUUACUACUUUUCCUUUGAUGAUCAAUGUUUUAAAUUUUGUGUUAUAAUUUUAUAUCAUGGGUUCCUGGAUUUUGAUCUCUGAUUAAUUUUGUAUAUACUUACAAAUUAUCUCGAUUAUAAAUAUUGAAGGCUAUA